GCCCGAUCCACCUAUUUGCGCCAGGGCCUUUGGGCUAUGCCCUCCUCGAUAUUCGUUGUCUGUCGGGCGUCAGGUGAUCACCGACUGUAUUACCAGCGCGCUUUGGGUUUUCAAACACUUUUUGUCACCCCACUGUAUACUGAGUGCGCAAGAGGGUGAGCGGCUCACCCCAUUUAUUGAGCACUCGCCCAAGCUCGCCCGAGGCCGACCGUAAAGCGGCUCAUCCCACUAGCUCACCCGGGCGGCAGGCACCCGACUUCAGGCCGCGUUUAAGCCACACGCUGGGAGGUUAGUAGUAGGUGACCAAUCCGAUGGCUUCGGUAUUCAUUUCGGCAAACGUUUUGUGGUGCCAAGAUCGACUUGGCUUCAAGUUGGCGCCUUCACGCCGACCCACAAGAAUAAGGGCCAGCAAGUAUUUAAUUGCCAAUAGGUUUCUAAGAACUAAGCUGCGGCUUUGCACGAUUGGUAGCAGGUCAGCAGAGCCACAUAGCCUGUGACGGAAUUGUGCACAGAAUGACCUCGGGAUCAUCCGAAGCCCGAGGAGCGACUCUGAGGAGUAGCUUAAAUGAUAUAGCCACAAUUCCUGUCUCAGAAAACCCGAAGAAUUGGUCGAAAGGGAAGAAAUGGAUCAUUACAGUUGUUGCCUCCCUCAUGACAUUCUCUGUCACAUUUGCGAGCAGUAUAUUCAGCACCGCCGAAAAGCAAACCGCGGCAGAAUUCCAUGUUUCCCAUGAAGUGAUGAUAUUAGGUCUUAGCUUGUUUAUGUUAGGGUACUGUUUUGGACCUCUGCUAUGGGGCCCCCUUUCCGAGAGCCAUGGACGUAGAUUACCGUUGAUGCUUGGUGUGAUCGUCUUCUGUAUCUUUCAAGUACCCGUGGCCGUGGCCCAGAACGUCCCUACCAUUGUAAUCUGCCGCUUCAUCGGUGGUCUGUUUGCGUGUUCGCCUCUUUCGAUUGUUGGUGCCACUCUUGCGGAUAUCUGGGAUCCAGUGGAACGGGGUUUUGCCGCAUGUAUAUACUCUAGCGCGACAUUCUCUGGACCAGUUCUGGGCCCAAUUGUGGGUGGUUUCGUUGUUGACAGCUAUCUCGGCUGGCGAUGGACAGCCUGGCUGACUCUUAUCCAAGGGGCCUUUUUCUGGGUUCUUGGCAUGGUAUUUGUGCCUGAAACCCAUGCUCUGACAUUGUUGCGCCGAUUCCAGGCUCGUGAAUGCUCUUCUGAUGCAAGGUACGAGCUAGGACAAGCAAGUACGAAACCGCCAGCAAGCCACAUGAACGGGAGGGAAUUCCUGACGAAGUACUUGGCACGACCACUUGUUAUGUUGACCUUCGAGCCAGUCCUUCUGUUAACAACACUAUAUAUGUCCCUAGUAUACGGGACAUUGUAUCUCUUCUUUGAAGCGUAUCCCAUCUCGUUUCAGGAUCAGCGUGGAUGGAAUGCCGGUGUGGGCGCAUUGCCCUUUUUGGGCAUAACUGUAGGCGUCGUCUGUGGCAAUCUGACCAUAGCAGCAACAACUGUCUUCCGUCUUAAACGCAAAUACAAGGAAGGGGGUGGUAAAGUCGCGCCGGAGGAGCGCUUGAUCCCCAUGAUGGUCGGUGCCGUUGUGUUACCACCAGGACUAUUCUGGUUUGCAUGGACCAGCAGCCCUCACAUCACUUGGGUACCUCAAGUGCUGGCUGGUAUUCCGAUUGGGAUGGGUAUUCAGGUCAUAUACACGAUGGGCCUCAACUAUAUUCUUGAUGUGUACACGCCUUAUGCUGCCAGUGCUGUGUCAGCGAACACCUUCGUUCGAUCCAUGGCCGCUGCAGGCUUCCCUCUGUUCGCUACCCCGAUGUAUGACCAUCUAGGUAUCAGCUGGGCGACGUCGCUGUUGGGGUUCUUAUCGGUGCUUAUGAUGCCAGUACCGAUAUUGUUCUAUCUCUAUGGGGAACGGUUAAGGAGGACGGGCCGCUAUAGUGUCACGUAAAGAAGUCGUACAAAUAUUUUCAUAUCUAACUCAAC